CAUCUCAUAAUUAGCUAAUCAAGCUGAAUUAAGAGAUCUUCAACAACGCACCUGAAGACAAGACAAACUUUUACAAUGUUCAGCACAAACCUCGUCCUGACCUCUCUUCUGCUGGCGGUGCUCUGUUCUACUGUUAAGGCGAGCUGCACGGCAUGUUGUCUUUUUGUGGAGAACGUUCCUGGGAGAUUAAAGAGUCUUCGUGAAGAUUUCAGACGGAUCAGAUCAUAUUAUGAAGAUAAUGAUGAGCUGGAUUCCGUGCUUCUAGAUGACGAUGUUCUCCUUAACUUUAAGAGCCGUUACGGAUGCCACGCUGUGAACGAUGUCCUGCGAUUCUACCACGACACCGUCCUACCAGCAGCGAUGAAUGACACUCUAAAACACCAGCAGUUCAAAGACUCCAUCGACCAUAUUGGACAGACAUUAAAAACUCUAAAGCGAAACAUUCUGACUUGCAAACACUACCUCCAAUGCGCAAAGCGAUUUGACAUCAAGGAGAUUGUUUCGUCUUACAAUGGGAUGGAAAAGAAAGGCAUGUACAAAGCUAUGGGAGAACUUGAUAUUCUGUUCAACUACAUUGAAGACUAUAUGGUGUCGAAGAGACAGAGGCAUUGAUGGCCAUCUCAGUUGAUGACCUGAAGUAACUCUGGGUGGCUUGAAGGAUCUUACAGCUGAGGGGAUACGGAGUUGCCUACUGCUAUCACACUUUCCUAUUGCCUGAAGACUCGUCUCAGGCCCUCACACACACGGAUUUACUCUUCUUUUCAAAACUACCACACUAACAGCAAGGUGGUUUGCGGUUUCCUUUCACUGGACUUUUGUUGAAUGUGUUUAUUUAUUUAAGGGUGUUCUGUAUUGUAAGUGGUAUAGGCUACUGAACUCAUCAUGACCUACGGGUUGCAUCAAUCCAUUACUUGAAAGUGUUAUGUUUUGUUAUUCUGGUACAUGUUAUUGUUAUGAGUAAAAGUUGUAAUUUAUUGGAAUGUAAUUUAAGAAUAAGCCUCUGCAGUCUGU